UUGCAGAUGCAGCAAACAGCUCACUUGUAAUAAAUCUCUGAAGGAACAGCCAUGUGCCUGAACCCUGGCUACACGUGCGAAUGUUUGACCACCGGUGAUUUAUGUGAGCCCUGUAACAUGGCAGCUAAGGACAGGGAGCCGGAGGAAGCACACCUCUCCAACAACAUAAAAGGAGCAGACGCAGCCACAAGCGAGAGCAAGCCAGAGAUGGACACCUCUUCAACUGAAGUUGCGCGGGACCGGGGCAGAAACUGGGGGUGGAUGCUGUCUGCGUUCAUCUGCCUGAACAUCCUCAUCCUGGGUUGCGCCUUUGUCAGCGGGGGCACUUCGAGCAAUGUCAAAAUCAGUACCCCGGUUCUGCAGAUUUUCAUCAUCUUCCUAUUCCUGCUCACCUCCAUUUGGAUGGUCUAUUACAUCAUUUACAAUUCCAGGACAGAAAAUGCUGUUGUCUUCAAAGAUAGGCAUGCAGGAACCAUUUGGCUCAGAGGGGGACUUCUGCUGUUUGGAAUCCUCAGUAUACUCAUGGACAUCUUUAAAAUAGUUAGCUACGUGGGAUACCUUCACUGUGAUUCAGCCGUUAAAGUUGCAUUCCCUGUGAUGCAAAUUAUCUUUGUUCUUGUGCAGACAUACUUUUUGUGGAUCCAUUUAAAGGACUGUGUGCAGGUCCAAAAGAACCUUACACGCUGUGGGCUGAUGCUCACCCUCUCUGCAAAUCUUGUAGUAUGGAUGACCGAAGUCACUGAAGAGUCCCUUCACCAAACAAUUUUUCCUGAGAUCUCGACCAAUGUCACUAAACUCUCAAGAAGAGAGAUGUACAUCAACAGAGCCAGUUAUGGUGAUGACCAGUGUAAAUGCAGCCACACUUCCUGUGACAUCUUUAAGGAUGCCUAUUACUACUUGUACCCCUUCAACAUCGAGUACAGCCUCUUUGCCUCCGCCAUGGCUUUCGUCAUGUGGAAGAACGUGGGCCGAGUACUGUCCGAAGACAGCCACCACCAUGUCAAAUUCAGCCUCAAGGAUGUGUUGAUUGGUCCCGUUUUGGGGGUCCUUCUUGUGGUCGCAGGCAUCGCAAUGUUCAUUUUGUAUGAGCUCAAAAUGAAAUCCAAGUAUGUUAAAGAAAGCCAUGAAGCAGCAGUGAUGAUGCACUUCGUCAUGAAUAUAGUCAUUGUGAUCAUGAUGUCUGUUUGCACAAUCGUCGGAUGUGCUAUCUUCAAGCUGGAACACAGGAAGCAUGUCUCAGAGAAGAACCCCACCCGCAGCCUAGAUGUAGGGCUGCUGGUGGGAGCCUCGCUGGGGCAAUUCAUCAUCAGCUAUUUCUCCAUCAUAGCCAUGGUUGCAACUGGGGCCAAGGGCCACCUGAACAGGCUCAACUUGGCCUGGGGCAUACUGAUGGUGAUCCAGGUCUGCCUACAGAACUUUUUUAUAAUUGAGGGCCUGCACCGGGAACCCUUCCAUGAGGUGGAGACUGACACAGUGAUUGCAAAUCCGUAUGUGCUAAAGUCCAGAAAAGAUGGGAGUAAACUUGAAAAAGUAGACUUAGACAAUAAAUCCAACCCUGACGUAGAAACCUGUGGCCACAGUGGGACAGCGGAGCACCAACACAAACUGCGGUGGAAGAGGCGAGUGUUGAGAGAGGUCUGUGCAUUCCUACUGCUGGGUAACAUCAUUCUGUGGAUCAUGCCAGCCUUUGGUGCUCGUCCCCAGUUUGAUCAUGACACUGAAGCACAGUUCUACCACUCCAGCAUGUGGGUUGUUAUUGUGAACGUGGGUCUUCCUUUUGGCAUCUUUUACCGAAUGCACUCAGUCGCCGGUUUAUUUGAAGUCUACCUCAACUCAUAAAUCAGCAUCUUGCAAAGAGUGUACGGAAAGUGGAAUCUUGGCAUUAUGAAACUGUUUUGUAGACUGUUUUUGAUGAAUGCUUUUUAAUAUUUGUCAAGAAGAUACUGAAUAAUGACUAUAUUUUCUUACGGAGUGGCAUCAUUAUGCAACAGUGUAAAUGUAUAAAAAAAUGUAUUUUUAGAAUUCAAAUGAAUAAUGUAUUGUAAAGCUAAUGUUGUAAAACCUGAAAUAAUAAAAAAGUGUUAAAAUUCCAA